GAAGAACAAAGUAUUUUUCCACAAUCUAAUCCUAAUACACAAGUUCAUAAUAUACAAGUUCAUAAUCUUCCAAAUCUAAUUAAUAAUUCUCGCCUAACCAAAUAUAUCAAACGAACAACCUAUACAGAAGAAAUAACACUUUUAGAACCAUUAGUAAAUAAUACAAAUGAAGAAAAUAUAAAUAAUGUUAUUCAACAAUUAAAUAAUUGA